GGGCGGGGAGUCGCCCACGCAGCCGGCCGCCCGCAGCCCUGAUCCCGAGCAGGCGCGCGCCGUGGGCAUCUCGGGCCGCGGGAGCGAGUGGAGGAUGCUGGGAAAGAGGUAACAUGGCCACCGGCGGCGGAGCGGAGGAGGAUCGACAGCGGGGCCGGCUGCAGCUCCCGCUGCCCGCGCGGCCCACGGCCCGCGCCGAGGAAGCCGAGGGCGUCCGCGAGAAGAUGGGCUGGGCGCAGGUAGUUAAGAACCUGGCGGAGAAGAAGGGCGACUUCCGCGAGCCGCGGCGGCGCGACGACGCGGGCAGCGGUGCGAGUGGCGGGCUCUGCAGCCCUGCGGGCCCGGCCGCCCCGAACCCCGGCGACUUCCCACCCGCCAGCCGCGGGGACCCAAAGGGCCGCCGUCGAGACCCUGCGGGCGAGGCGGCAGACGCCUGCAGGAAGAAGGGCACGGGAGACGCGAGUCGAAGGAAGAAGACAGAGGUGGCGGCGGCCAUGGCGACCCCCGCCAGGCCCGGGGCGACCGAAGACGCCACUGAGCGACCGCUACAGGACGAGCCUCCGGCCGCCGGCCCCGGUAAGGGCCGCUUCCUCGUGCGCAUCUGUUUCCAGGGAGACGAGAGUGCCUGUCCGACCCGGGAUUUCGUGGUGGGCGCGCUCAUCCUGCGCUCCAUCGGCAUGGACCCAGACGACAUCUACGCGGUCAUCCAGAUCCCCGGCAGCCGCGAGUUCGACGUGAGCUUUCGAUCCGCGGACAAGCUGGCCCUGUUUCUCCGCGUCUACGAGGAAAAGCGGGAGCUGGAGGACUGCUGGGAGAACUUUGUGGUGCUGGGGCGGAGCAAGUCCAGCUUGAAGACCCUCUUCAUCCUUUUCCGGAACGAGACCGUGGACGUGGAGGACAUCGUGACCUGGCUCAAGCGCCACUGCGACGUGCUGGCCGUGCCGGUGAAAGUGACCGACAGGUUUGGGAUCUGGACCGGGGAGUACAAGUGCGAGGUCGAGCUGCGCCAGGGGGAGGGCGGAGUGAGGCACCUGCCCGGGGCCUUCUUCCUGGGAGCGGAGAGGGGCUACAGCUGGUACAAGGGGCAGCCCAAGACGUGCUUUAAAUGUGGUUCCCGGACCCACAUGAGCGGCACCUGCACGCAGGACAGGUGUUUCCGGUGCGGGGAAGAGGGGCACCUGAGCCCUUACUGCCGGAAAGUCAUCGUGUGCAACCUCUGUGGCAAGAGAGGACACGCCUUUGCCCAGUGUCCCAAAGCCGUUCACAAUUCCGUGGCAGCUCAGCUCACUGGCGUGGCGGGGCACUGAACGCGCGUCUGCCCGCCGGGGCGAACACACAGCCAGCUUACCCUUCUUAAGUGCCAAAACUUUUUUUUUAAAGACCUUUUCUUUUUAUCAUUUUGGAAGGAAAUAUUUUUUAAAACCUGAAAGAGACAUUCUCUCUAUGCCUUUUUAAAACCACGUGUGCUCCUUUUCAGCCUGUUUGAAACGGCAAAUUUUACCAAUAAGGACUAUUUGGAACUGUAGUGUGCAGAUACGUCGCCUGCCCCCCACCACCACCUUUUUUCUCCCGUUUUGCAUUUGUUUUGGUACUUUCGCCAACACCUGGACCCCUUUGUACUUUUUACUACCUCCCUCCUCAUACAUUGCCUCCUUAGAAAUUUUUUGCCCUUUGGGCUGCCUUGCUCAUCUCUCUGCCUCAGUCGUGUGUGUCC